AUGGCCUCAGGCGCAGCCCUGUCCCUGAGGCUCUGUGCAUCCAUCUUCCAGGCCUGGGCCCUGCUGGAGGCAGUGAGGGAGAAGGCAGCUUGCCAGGAAACUCGAGAGAAGCAGCUGGCAACUGAGGAGUCUGAGCUGUGUGUGAGGCUCCAGAGCUCUGAGGAAAGAGCAGAGGCCAUGGCAACACAGUGUAAGGCCAUGGAGCUGGAGCUGAGGAAGACACAGGCUGAGAGAGACAAUCUCAGGGCUCGCAAUCAGGAGCUGCUGAAACAGCUGGAGCAAUGUGAGCAAGAGUGGGUGCAGGCAGAAGCCAUGCACAUCUCUCGCCAAAUUCUCCUGGACAAAGAGGCCAUGGAAAGGCAGGAAGAGGCUGUGACUCUUCGUCAGGAGGUGGCAUCUCUGAAGAGGAAAUUGGAAAACCUGGAGAAGGAAAGGAAGGAUGUGCUGCAUGAACAGGAAUUGUACCAGCAGCACAUGAGAUACCUGGAAAAGAAGAAUGAAAUGCCUGCACCUGAGAUGCCAAAUGAUGAGGAAAAUACUCAAGACUUGGCAGCGGAGAGGGAAGACCUGCAAGAGGAGUCGGAGCAUGGGGCUGCUGCUUUGAAGAAAUUAAGGGACAACACUCAAGUACUGAGUGCUGCACUGAACAAGAGUGAAAUUGCCAAAGGGGCUCUGAAGAAGCGCUUGGACAUCCUGAAAGGAAAGAUCCAGGCAGACAAUGGCAUUGACUUUCAUUCUACUCCAGUGUCCCUGAAUUAUUCCAGUGGUGUUUCCCAUGAAGAGGUUUCCCAGGAGGAAGAGCCAUCGAGCUGGUCUCUGGAGCAGCUGAGCUGGGAAUCCUCUGACCAAGGGCACGCAGCAGCCCAGGCAUGCAGAGAGGAGGAGCUGCUGGGCCAGAAGGCUGAGCUUGAGGGCCGACUGGCAGCCACAGAGUGGCUCCAACAAGACCUUUCCAGGCAGCUGGCAGAGACCAGCGCACUCUUGAGAAGCGUGGGACAGGACCUGGAGCUGGUUAGAGAACAGCAGGGAAAGCUCUUUGGAAUUCUCAACAGCCUCUGGGGAUUCUUGCUGAUUGUUGAUGGGCAGCCAGCUGCCAAACCGGCCAAGCUGUGGGUGUCUGGAGCAAGCAACUCAUGUCUCUCCGUAUUUGCAACUUGCAGAUCAGCAAAGGAGAGCCUGGAAUCCAGGCUGCUUGCUGCUCAGCAGCAGAUAGCUCAGCUGGAGAUCUCCAGGAACCAUCUGGAGGCUCAGGUGCUCACAGUCACACAGGACAAAGAGGUGAUAGAAGGACAAGUGAAAUGCCUGCAAGGUGAGCUGGAAGCAGAGAGAGCUCUCAGGAAGCAGGAACAGGAAGACACAGCUCAAGAACUCCUGCAGGCACAGCAGCAGCAUCACGAAAGCCUCAGGCCUCAGGGAACAGCUCAGCAAGUGGAAAUAAAGAAGCUCCUGGAAGACCUGGCAAGUGAACGUGAAAGGCAUCGUGCAGAGAUGCAGGAGAUGCUGGAGCAAUGGGAAAAAGAGAAGGCAGAGAGAAAGAGGGAGCACAAGGAGGUGCUGUUGGAGAUGAGACAGAAAGUAGCUACCUUGCUGGCUCAACAAGAAGAAUUAAUGAGAUUUGAAAAUGCCAAGCGAGAGGUCCUGCUGGAAGAGCAGAAGGAGAAGAGUGCUUUAUCAGAGGCACUGCUCCAAACUCAGGGAGAGCUCAGCCGAGCCCGCCAGCAGGUCCAGCAGCUCAGGCAGGAGGUGCAAGAGCAGCAAGAGAAGGGGCAGCUAAGUACCAUCAAGGAAAAUCUGCAAGCUGAGCUGCAGGAAGCUCACAGUGAAGUCCAGGCAGCAGAGAGGAGGCACAAGCAAGAGCUGCAAGGCCUCAAAGAGGAAAUGAAUCUCCUCCUUGAGCAGAGGGAGGCUCUACAAAAGCAGGUGGCAGAGUUGACAUCUCAGCUGGUAGCCUCCCGAGAGUGCCAAGAAAAGACUGUGCAGAGAGCCCAGCAAGAUGUGAGGGAGGCCCAGGAAGAGUCCAGGCAGAAGCUCUCGGAGGUUGAGCAUGUCCAGAAGCUGCUGGAGAAGGCAGAAAAUCAGAAGAAGCAGCUGCAAGCACAUCUGGACUACUUGGAGAGCAAAUGGAUCCAGUGGGAAGAAGUGGCACGGCAGAAUUCAGAAUUGCAGGCUUCCAUCAAUGCCCUAGGGAGGGAAAAAGCCAGGCUGAUUCUGACUGUGGAGGAAAAGAACCUGUGCCUCAGAAGACUGGAAGAACAGAACAUGGCACUGAACAAUCAUGUGUCUCAGUGUCAUUCUGCUCUUCAGCAGGCCAACCAGCUCUCUUCAAACCGCGCUGGACAACUGCAGGUGCUCAACACCCAGAUCCGGGCCCUGCAGGACGCAGUGCUGCAGAUGGAGGCUUCCCAGGCAACUCGAGAGAAGCAGCUGCUGAAGGAGCUGGAGGAGUCUCGAGCAGGAGAACGCUGCUUGAGGGACUCUGUGCAUGUGCUGGAGGCUGAGGUGUCUGAGCUGCGUGUGAAGCUCCAGAGCUCUGAUGACAAAGCUCUUGCCUUGGCCAUACAGUGUAAGGCUCUGGAGCUGAAGCUGAGGAAGACACAGACUGAGAGAGACAACCUCAGAGCCUGCAACAUGGAGCUGCAGAAGGAGUUGGAGAAAACUGAGCAAGAUUUCUGGAAGGCAGAAGUCAAGCACAUUUCUCGAGAAACUGCCCUGCAGAAAGAGGCCACGGAAAGGCAGGAAGAGGCUGUGACUCUUCUUCAGGAGGUGGCAUUUCUGAAGAGGAAAUUGGAAAACCUGGAGAAGGAAAGGAAGGAUGUGCUGCAUGAACAGGAAUUGUACCAGCAGCACAUGAGAUAUCUGGGAAAGAAGAAUGAAAUACAUGCACUUGACAUGCCAAAUCAACAGAAAAUAAUGCAACAAUUGAACACUGAAAAGGAAACCAAGCAAGAAGAUUUGGAGCAUGGGUCCGCUGCUUUGAAGGAAGGAAGAGGGGGAACACUGAGUGCUGCACUGACCAAGUGUAAAAUUGCCAAAGGGGCUCUGAAGAAUCGCUUGGCAUUCCUGAAGGGAAAGUCUUGUAUCCAGGCAGGCACUGGCAUUGAUCUUCAGUCCACUGCAACAUGCCUGAAUUAUUCCAGAGAUGUUUCCCAUCAAGAGCAGGCUUUUGGAGCACAAGAGGAGCAGCUGUUUUGUGGCUCAGGGACCAGCCUGGAAUCAAACAAAGCGGUUGCAUCAGCAGAGGAGAAGAGAGAGAGACCUGAAUUAUCCACUGUGCCCUGGAGAAGUGGCGAGCAGGUGGAACCUGACAGGAGAAUCAGAGCUUUUAGGAGAAUGUUCCUCCCAGACUACUUCAUAUUCCCUGUCCACGAGUCUGCCCAUCGAAAUUGGUCAACUUUUGAAAUAGAAGACUCCUCCAGUAGCUCAGGGGAGCAGCAGCCCUCGUGCUGAUGCACAGCCUGUGGAGAAGAGGGUGUCCCUGCUGCAGUCACAGCUGGCCCAAGACCGACAGCACCACCUGGAGAGCUGUGCAGGGAGCAGGCAGGAGACACAAGGUGCAGAAGGGACCUCCUUGCUUCCUGAACAUCUCAGAGAGGAGCCAGCUGGAUGCAGUUUUAGACGUAGUCAGUAGUUUAUGUUUAAAGGUGGUAUAGUAUAGGAUAGUAUAGGUAAUAGUAAUUGAACCUUUAUACAACUGUGUUCCAUAGGAUGAAGGAUAUAUUGAUAGAGAAAUAAAGAGUUUAUUCUGAUCACAAUUAAACUAAAAGAUCUUUAUCAGGCUUAUUUACUGCUCAGUACAGAGACCUGUAACUUCCAGUAUAGUGCACUAUAUCUGAAGCAACAUUGAAGCAAUUCCAGUCAAGUCAGCAAAAACCAAUUCUUAAAGAUUGAUGCUACUCACCCAAACCCAUGACCAUGGGCAAACCUUUCUCUCAGUCUCAAGGCGUGACCUUGAGGAGCAUCCUCACUCCAGGAAGGAAUCUGCAGAAGGGACACAUGUGCCAUGCACCACUUUGGUGAGGGCAGGAGAAUCCUGCCAUGUGAGGAGCUUGUUCAUUUGCCCUUAGGAAACUGCAGCCU